AGGGCUGCCCCAGGACAGGAUCCAAAUAAUCUCGCACCAGCUGCACCAGCCGUGGGCGAGGAUGGAGAAGUUGUAGGAGGACCAAGAACACCCCAACAAAUUGCUGCACAGAGACGACUUCAGCAAACACAAGCGCAAGUCGAUGAGGUUGUUGAUAUAAUGAAAACGAAUGUUGAAAAAGUAUUAGAAAGAGAUCAGAAGCUUUCGGAAUUGGACGAUCGAGCUGAUGCAUUACAGCAAGGUGCAUCACAAUUUGAGCAGCAAGCGGGAAAGCUCAAAAGAAAGUUCUGGUUACAGAAUUUGAAGAUGAUGAUUAUUAUGGGUGUAAUUGGACUUAUCAUAGUAGCGUAUAUUGGAUCGAAAUUCAUGAGUGAUGAAAAACCUCCGCAAUACUAUCCUCCACCACCAAAUUACAUGCAGAAUCAGCAACAAGUAGCACCAGCAGCCCCAGCAUCUGCACCACAAGGAGGUGGUGUUGGUUCAAAGUCAUUCUUUCCAAUAUCCAACUCAGAUCGAUUCUUUCGGGUUUAA